AAUUCACUGGUUAUAAUUGGGUACCAGCGGAAAUGGCUACUUUUUUUCCUCCUGCAACUGAUGAUUUUGGUCAAAAUCCUCUUUUAAAUUCCUACGAUGAGGAAUUUAUAUUUAAAGGUUUCCUCGAUAAUAUUCAAGAAAAUCCAAAUUUUAUUUUUAAUCCAAUACUACCAGGAGAUAUGCCCGCGUAUCCUCCGCCUGAUAAUGGUAUAAAUAAUUCCAUUCAUCCUAUGGGUACACCAUCUGUCAUCAACAACGUGUAUAACCCUUCGCAAAGUCAUCCUUCUGACAUUUUGGCUCGCCAUCAAUUUCCUCCUUCAAAUUCAACAAGUUUAUCCCCUCGCACAUCAAAUAUCACUCUUUCUCCCUCUCCAAAACAUUCUCCUAAUGAAAUUAGGCAAUCUUCAUCACAGUUAACAUCUCCAAUUGAUGACAAAGAUAAAUCGGCGACUCCAUCUGUACCUGCAAAACGUAAACAAGAUGGUGAAGACAGGACUAGGCGCCGGCCGUCCAACCCUCGUCUAAGUCCCAUAAAUACUAAACUCAUUAUGACUCAAUCUCAUAGUUCUACUUCAAGUCCUAGGCCGAUUUCCCCAUCUAUGCAAUUUCCUGGAAAUACUCCAAGCAGUAGUAAUAAUUGCUCUCCAUCACCACGAACCCCAAAUAGAGAAUUAACAAAGAGUGAAGAAGAAAAUGCUUCUAUGAGUAAUCUUGCUGAGACUGAAUCAAAUGAUAAUGAUACCAAU